AUACUGAAGACAGCAUGAAUGAUCAUGAAGACACAAAUGGCUCAAAAGAAAGUUUCAGAGAACAAGAUAUCUAUCUUCCAAUUGCAAAUGUAGCAAGGAUAAUGAAAAAUGCCAUACCUCAAACGGGAAAGAUUGCAAAAGAUGCCAAAGAAUGUGUUCAAGAAUGUGUAAGUGAGUUCAUCAGCUUUAUAACAUCUGAAGCAAGUGAAAGAUGCCAUCAAGAGAAACGGAAGACAAUCAACGGAGAAGAUAUUCUCUUUGCCAUGUCGACCUUAGGCUUUGACAGUUAUGUAGAACCUCUAAAAUUAUACCUUCAGAAAUUCAGAGAGGCUAUGAAAGGAGAGAAAGGAAUCGGUGGAACAGUCACAGCUACAGACGGACUAAGUGAAGAACUUACAGAGGAGGCAUUUACUAACCAGUUACCAGCUGGCUUAAUAACUGCAGAUGGUCAACAACAAAAUGUUAUGGUUUAUACAACGUCAUAUCAACAGAUUUCUGGUGUUCAACAAAUUCAGUUUUCAUGAUCUGAAGAAAUGGUGGCAUGGGGAGUGGAGAGAAGCAAAAGAGUCUGUACGAUUCCGGAAACAGAGACAUUAGAAGGAAGUGACUGGGGAAAAGAUGUCUCUUUGUAUAUUAAAUAGCUGUAAUGUAGCUUCCUGAUGCUUGACUAAUUGAGGUGUUAAUUGAGAAUCUUUUUCAUGAAUGAUUUUAAAGAAAAAUUUGGAUUUUAAAGGUAUUAAAAUAUUUUUGUUUUGUACGAGAGUUUGUUGCUCUGUAUGACUCCUGUAUGCAUUGUAUAUUGCAAUUUAUUACUGUCAGAGAUUUGUAGACAGUUUCUUAUUUUCAUAUUGAAUCAUGUUACUUUUGUAAUUCAAGUAAGCAGCUGGGUUAAUUCAUGAUGUUUGCCCUUUUAAUAAAAUACAAGGGUAGAGUUCAUUUUGAAUGCAAGUUGCCUUUAUUAUAAAUUUGAGUUUGUCUUGGUUAUUAUAAUAUCUUGCAUGGUAACCUAGCUAGAUUUUUAGCAUUUGCCAUAUUUAUUAAAAUUAAUUUUUUGUAAAACAUUCAUAGCUUAAGCAGCACCAUUUUUUAAAAAUGUAAUUGAAAAAUUAAGUGUGAAUGCAGAAGCAAACAUUGUCUGCCCUAUUAAACCUGGUGCCCAUUAACAGUGUUUACACUGUUCAUUGUGCCUGUUAUAAGAUAGUUUUAGUUUAUUGGAGCUUUUGUUAAGACCAGAUUUGUUUCUGAGUUACAUUAUUAUGAGUGUUGGAAUUCAUUUAAGUUUAAUGUAGUCCUAGUGCUCUUGAAAUGGUGCCCUUUUCAUUUUUAUAUGAUUUUUCCAAAGCAUAUCUUCAAAUAUUAUAGUAUCCUCUUCCAGAAGAGGAGUUUUAUAGUCUGAUGGUAAAUGUCCUCGUCUUACCUUUUUAAUUGAAGUGUCAAGUUUCCUAAUUAUACUAUGGGAACCAAGGAAUGUCAGACAUCAUUGUGUGUAUACAGACCUUUCUCUGCAUGGGUGAGUGAAUGCAGUGGAGAAGAGAGUGAGUGCUGCGAAUGGUGUGAAACAGAAGCCCCAACUUCUAGUGGCUGUCUUGAUCUUUGCAAUAAACUAAACUUAGAUAAUGUAA